AGUUCUGUUUCAGAUUUAGAAGUAAACGUGCGUGAAUUUGGCUAAAUAAAAAUACAAUAUUUAAGAAAUAUAUAAAUAUAAUUGUUUAUACAAAGCUACAAAAACAUUAUGAAAUUUUUAAUAGUUUUUGUUUUUCUCAUUGUUUGUGCCACACAAACAAAUCAUAUGAGAAUCGAUGAAAAUCUUAACGAUAAUACGGAUAAUUUUCAAAUAUUAUCGAUAAAUAGUGAAAAGCAAUUAUACGAUAUAAACGAGCCAAAAUCACGUGCCAAAAGAGGAGUUUUUUGGGAUUUCUUUCAGAAAAUGGUUAUAACGAAAAAUUUAAUUGUUGAUCAAUACACCGAUACCCGCAAUACCUUUGACGAAGUUUAUAAUUUAAUCAACGAUCAGUUUAGUGAUCCUGCCCAAGAAAAACCCAGACAUCCUUCCAGCACCACAGAAUCUUCGAAAUUUAGCAGUGAAGAAACAACCGACAGUUCAGAAAUGACUACAACCACCGAGCCCUACCGUAUUUCCCGCUAUGAAUUGGGUCGCAUUUUAGGUCGUAAUUUCCGAGGCCUCCAACGAUUGCAGGAACUUGAAUUCCAAGAUGCUUUAAAUCAAUCUCACUACAAUAUACAGGAAUACAAAGCUGAAGCAAAUAAACAAUUUGCCAAUAGUUUAGCAGUUGAAAAGAAAAAUCAACUAAAGGCUUUAAAGGGUUAAAAUUUUUGCAAAUAGUUAUAUGUAUAUAAUUUGUUAUGUGAAAUUUAGUUUAAGAGAAUUUUAUUAGGCUAUUUUUUAAUCGAAAUUAAUUUGUGAAUUAUUAAAACUCUAUUUUAGGGUUUAGACUAUUUGAAAUCUAUAACAUUUUAAUUACAAAAAAACUUAAAUAUUAAUAUUAUUGGCAUAAAUUAACCGACAACUGUUAUAACACCUUAAGUACUAAAUAUUGUACUUCUUUCAAUACCUUUCUUAUUUUAAACUAUUCGAUAUUAAUAAUUUUUUCUAAAUAAGUCAGAGACUAAUCAAUAGAUUAGUUUAUAGACUAGUCCGCAGAGAAUUUAUUUUAUUAUUACAUGCGUCUGUAUCUAAAGUUAUCAAUCGAAAAAAUUCACAAAUUAAUUUCAAAUGAAUCUUAAAUAUUUAUUCUCAUAUAAAGUUAAUUUUACUUUUUAUGUUAAUAUACUUUUAUUAUUA